AUGAACGACCCAGUUGGAGGGAUGAAUGUUGAAAAGCUUAUUCAAGAGAGGGUUAACAUUGAUUCCAUGAAUCAGGAGUGUGAUGAUUUUGGUGAUGUAUUUUUGUCGUUGCGCGAUAUUGGUCUAGACGACGAUGACGACAAUGUUGCUGAUGAAAACAUGGAAGGGUACAUUAAUGUAAUGCCUACAAAGCCCACAAAGUUGGAUCCAAAGGCUUUGGGAACGCUUGAUGAAGCACUACAUACGAAUGUCUUUGAUUGCGGAUCCCACAUUAAUUUCCUACAAUUCUGUGGAGGACAACAACAACAACAACAACAGCAGCAGCAACAACAACAACACCAACAUGUACCGGGUUGCACAGAGUCACGUGAAAGUAUCAGUCCCCUCUUCGACCCCACUUCACAUUCGCACGAUCUCAUUGGUUCACAUCUGAAGAAUACACUCCCGCUUCCGCCUUUUUCCCCGACAAGUGAUUUGGGAAGACCAUCAUCACCGAGCGACUCUGGCAGCCCGGGAGCGACAGUGUAUGCAUCCAUUGCAAAUUCACCACUGCAUGGGAGACCUCUUGACUUUCGUGUUUUUCUCACAAAGAAACAAGUACCUCCAUCUAUUGCGAAGGAGAAUCCAAUUGGUGUAUUUGUGGGACAGCUGCCUUCGACAUACUCAGAGGAGGAUACCGCAGCUCUUUUACGUGCCAUCGGUGCUGACGCUAAUGUGCCUAUUCAUGUCCAGGACGUAAAGAGCCAUAAUCAGAGUCGUACUUGUGCUUUCGUGUUGGUGAACAGCAGUGCCUUGCCAGUACUCCUUGGAUAUUCGAAACGCAUCCUUUGUGAUGUAUCGUGUGUAUGGGUGGUUGAACGUGAACAAGCUCCACAUCUAAAGGAUUAUGUCAACAGUUUUUCGCGUGAUCGUCUACGUGGUGUUCCUAAAGCUGCCUUGGUACUUGAGGAACUUACCCCCCAAUACGUCAGAAACCGAACAUCAAGCAGUAAAUGGAGUAAGUUUGGUAGUAAUCAACAUUCAAACAGUACAUCAAGAGUAGUACCCGACACCGUUAUUUUGGGAGCCAACGAUGAAAGUUCUUCUUCAAUUCAACCGUCUACAAUGCCCAUGGGAUUCUUUUUACCUGGGUGGAAUUCAAUGGAUAAUUCCACAUUACCUUUCCGUGGAGUUUCAGGUAUCACUGGUAACGCACCAUUUGUAAAUCCUUUACCUGGUUCUAACAUGUAUGGUUUACCACAGGGGAAUAUCUUCACAACACCACAAUCACCUUCAGUUAUAAAUUCUACACCGCAGGUCAAUUUUUAUAUGGUGGCUGCUCCUACAAAUGGGUUUCACCCGGUUUUCUCUGGUCAACUAGACAACAAUACUGCGGCAGGACGAGUAGGUAAUGGUGUUGGAACAGGUGCUUUCAAUAGUAACGGCAGCAGCGGUGUGAUGAAUGAUAAUGGCAACAACACUAAGAAUACGAUGGGAAUGGGAUUUCAAUCCACUGUACCGGAACUGCGUUGUCGCUGUGGAGCACUGCCUUCUCUUCUUCAGCAACAUGAUGCGGCAUCUUGUUCAAUGUGUUUGGCCCCUGUUGGUGCGAUGGAGGCAGCAUAUGUGUGUCCCAAUGAUCGUACACUGAUAUGCAUGCGCUGCAGUAACUGGCGCUUGGGAAUGGGAAUGGGAAUGGGAAUGGGAAUGGGAAUAAAUGAGAACCAACUGAAUACACGAGCCAUGACAUCUUGCAUCAUUCCUCAAUCAAACUUCAAUGGCAUUCCCCUCUCAACAAAUUCAACAACUGCAGCAACGACAACAAUGGGAGGAAUGGGAAUGGGUAGAAGCAAUCCGACACUGUUUGUACACACACUACCUUCAUACCAGCCACAACAGAUCCCACAGCCACAGUUGAUGCCACAAAUUCCACUUCAGCAGGGAUGA